AGGUUGUGCUAAAUUGUGAGUAAUGAGAAUAGGGCCAAUUCGGCAAUAGGGAAGUCGUGAUCCCUGACGAAAUGAAAUUUGUCCGAACGUAAGAGGUGGAUUCAGUGCAAUGUGAUCAGAUCCCCCCCGUGGGUUUUUCUCCACAAAUUCCACUGUUUACUUAGUUAGUGGUGGCAGUAAGAUAGUCGCAAUGUCCACCCCUUUUUUGUCCCCAUUUGCACCCACUUUUCUUAACCCAAGUCAAAUUUUCUACGCUUUGUUAACCUAUAAAUUCUAUAUUUAACCUUAAAGCAUCAUGCCUUUUCACACUUUUUAAGUGUCAUUUUUAAUUAAUAUUGUCCAGAGUUUCAGUAAAAGGCGCACUUAUUGGAGUGGGUAGAAAACCCACCAAGGAAAAAGCAUGAAUUUUGGAAGACAUGGUGGUGGUGGUGGGGGGUAUGGUUUUGGUGGUGGGGGUGGUGGUGGUGAUAGAGUUCCUCUUUUGUCUCGCCAUGGUGGCUACAAGCGAAAUGAUUUUGCCGAAGAUGGCUUAUCCGACUUAGAGAAUGGGAGUGCUUCAGCUGCAAAUGUGGGAUUCUGUCGGGUUCUGUCUCUGGCAAAACCUGAUGCACCAAAACUAAUUAUAGCUACAGUUGCUCUUUUGAUUGCGGCCACAUCAAACAUAUUAGUUCCAAAGUUUGGUGGAAAAAUAAUCGAUAUUGUCUCAGGAGAAAUCAGUUCACCAGAACAGAAAUCCAAAGCUCUGGAAGCUGUCAAGAGUACUAUACUAGAGAUCAUCCUGGUUGUCGUUUUAGGUUCAUUGUGCACAGGAUUAAGGGCAUGGCUAUUUAAUUCUGCUAGUGAAAGGGUUGUUGCAAGACUGAGAAAGAAUUUAUUCUCCCAUCUAAUUCACCAGGAAAUAGCUUUUUAUGAUGUUACUCGAACAGGAGAGCUUUUGAGUAGACUAUCUGAAGAUACCCAAAUCAUAAAGAAUGCUGCUACGACAAAUCUUUCUGAGGCUUUGAGAAAUUUAGCUACGGCUUUUAUUGGUCUUGGUUUUAUGUUUGCAACAUCAUGGAAGUUAACAUUGUUAGCUUUGGUUGUUGUGCCUCCAAUCUCUGUCGGGGUACGUAAAUUUGGUCGUUUUCUUCGUGAGCUAUCACACAAAACGCAGGCUGCAGCAGCAGCAGCAUCUUCAAUCGCAGAGGAGUCUUUUGGCGCCAUUCGCACCGUAAGGUCCUUUGCCCAAGAAGAAUAUGAAGUUCAGCGGUACUCUGAGAAAGUUGAGGAGGCAUUAAACUUGGGACUUACACAAGCUAAAGUUUCAGGAAUGUUCUUUGGAGGAUUAAAUGCAGCGUCCACCUUGUCAGUUAUUGUUGUGGUGAUAUAUGGAGCUAUUCUGACGAUCAAUGGUACCGGCAUGACACCUGGUGCUUUGACCUCCUUCAUCCUUUACAGCCUCACAGUUGGAUCAUCCAUAUCUGGACUGUCGGGAUUAUACACGGUGGCAAUGAAAGCUGCUGGAGCAAGUAGACGUGUCUUCCAACUUUUAGAUCGAACCUCAUCCAUGGAGAAAUCAGGAUCUAAGUGUCCAUUAGGUGAUCAAGAUGCGGAGGUAGAAUUAGAUGAUGUCUGGUUCUCAUAUCCGUCCCGUCCAAAUCACAUGGUACUUAAGGGAAUAACGUUAAAAUUGCUGCCUGGUUCAAAAGUCGCUCUUGUUGGUCCAAGUGGUGGCGGAAAAACAACAAUCGCACAUUUGAUUGAAAGAUUUUAUGAUCCUACCAAGGGGAAGAUCUUGCUGAGCGGGGUUCCAUUAGUAGAAAUAUCUCACAAGCACUUGCAUAGCAAGAUAAGCAUUGUAAGCCAGGAACCUACUCUCUUCAAUUGCUCGAUAGAAGAGAACAUCGCUUAUGGACUGAAUGGCAAAGCCAGCACCGCUGAUAUAGAAAAUGCUGCUAAAAUGGCAAAUGCACAUGAGUUUAUAUCCAAGUUUCCCGAGAAGUAUCAGACUCAUGUUGGAGAACGCGGGGUCAGGCUAUCAGGCGGGCAAAAACAGCGAAUAGCAAUAGCUAGAGCUCUGCUGAUGAACCCAAAAGUACUACUCUUGGAUGAAGCAACAAGCGCUCUUGAUGCAGAAAGUGAAUACCUAGUUCAGGAUGCCAUGGACCGUUUGAUGAACGGACGAACUGUCCUUGUAAUAGCACACAGGCUUUCUACUGUCAAAAGUGCGAACACGGUAGCAGUUAUAUCCGACGGUCAGGUGGUGGAAAGUGGCACUCAUGAAGAACUUUUGAGCAAGGAUGGCAUCUACACUGCACUCGUAAGGCGGCAGUUGCAAGUUCCGAAAGCUGAAAACUGACAUGUAUGAUCAAUUCUUGCUAGUUGCAAGCCUAGAUAGUUGAAUUUAUCUACCACUUGUAAUAUUUCUAAAUAAUAAUGAAGAUCACUGAUUGUUGCUGAGAACACUAUAGUUGCUAUUUGGGCAUUGCAAAAAUUGUACUAUAAAUAACAUUAUAUUCUAGGAUGAAUGCACUAGAGUGUUUUGUUCUA